CUUUUUCUAGUCAAGUCAAGAACUUGAAAAACCAGGAAGGAAACCAGCACCUCAAGUCAAAGAAACCUCCUGGUCAAAUCACUUGUUUUCAGCUCAGAGUAGGCAUUACCAAUUCCCAGAAUCAUGAAGCUGUUUAUCAUUUUUCUUUUUGUUAUACUGGUAGUUACAGGUGAGUCUAAUAGUACAGCAGCAGGAGCAUUUGUAUGAUCAGGAGAACAUUUCAGAUAUCAUUUCCUAAGGCCCCAGUUUCAUGUGCACCAGGCUGAAAAGGUCAGCAUUGGGCUGGGGAUCACAUUCACUUGUUCAUAACUGUAAACAUAAAUCUUGAGGUGUUAUGAAGUUGGGAAUCCAGUUUGUGCUCCUGUGGUGCUGAACAGGCUGCCGACAAUGGAUAGAAUGUGUUGUCAAAGCCUUUCAUGGCUGGAAUCACUGGGUUGAUCAUCUUCUUCAGAGGUGAAGAUGCCAGCCACAGAUGCAGGCAAAACGUCAGGAGAGAAUGCUACUGGAACAUGGCCAUACAGCCCGAAAAACUCACAGCAACCCAAUAGAUAGAAUGUAAUGGUAGCUGGGGGUUCUUGCUGUCUCAGUGAGAUGAUGACUCUGCUCCAGGGUUUAGUCUGGAAAGCAGCUUUUUUUUCCCAUGUCAGGAGCAACUGGAGUUGCUUCUGGAGUGAGAGAAUUGGCCGUCUGCAAGGACGUUGCCCAAGGGACACCCGGAUGUAUUUUUGAUGUUUUUACCAUCCUUGUGGGAGGCUUCUCCCAUGUCCCUGCAUGGAGCUGGAGCUGAUAGAGGGAGCUCAUCUGUACUCUCCCCGGGUGGGAUUCGAACCUGGCAGCUUUCAGGUCAGCAACCCAACCUUCAAGUCACGAGGCUUUUAUCUCCUAGGCCAUAGGAGGCUCCUUUGGAAAGCAGCUAUCCAAGGCUCUGAGCCCCUUCGCUAUUUUAGAGAAUUUCUUUCCCCCACUCAUACAUGAGGGGGUAGAGGGUGCUUUGCUCCCUUCUAGGGAAAGAAUGGCCAAGAAGUAGUCCUGGCCAAGUGCCCGCCCCCUCCAAAUAUACAGUCAGCAGAGGACAGCAAAUGACAUUACAGCUGAAAUCCUCAACAACAAUUUAUUGAUUAGCCAGUUGGCCUUAUCAAGCACAGACAAAACAAACAUGAAAUACAACAUACAUCUGGUACACUUAAAAUAAAAAAAAAUAUACAGGUAUUUGCCAGUUUGGUGCCAAUGUAGCUUAGCCAUAGAUGUAUGCAUCAACUAUCCUCAUGUCCCCUACACUGUACCCCAAUCUGAUCUAUGUUCUCUGAUCUCCUUUUAGCAGUUUUAAGAACAGCUGAAAUCCUCAAUUCUCUCAUGGCCCAGUGGCAGUGCUAGAAAUGGAGAGGGGGAAGCUGAUCCCUUCCUCCAGUUCUAGGCCGGCCUGCUUGGCUAGCAAGUUUUUACUUAUCAAGGCUCUUGUUUCUCGUAUCUUUGCUUUAGAAAACAAGGGCAGUGAGGAGAGCAGCUCAGGUUCCAAGGACACUGUGAACCAGACUUCAAAGGGGGCAGGGUCAUCACCCGCGGAUAAAGACAAGGAUAACGAAAAAAAAGGCAGUGGGGAGAACGGCACAGGUUCCAAGCAGACCGGGGACACGGCACCCACAGAUAAAGGCACGGAAAAAGAAAAAAACGGCAGUGGAGAGAACGGCACUGGUUCCAAGCAGACCGGGGACAAGACACCCACAGAUAAAGGCACGGAUAAAGAAAAAAACGGCAGUGGAGAGAACGGCACAGGUUCCAAGCAGACCGGGGACAAGACACCCACAGAUAAAGGCACGGAUAAAGAAAAAAACGGCAGUGGAGAGAACGGCACAGGUUCCAAGCAGACCGGGGACAAGACACCCACAGAUAAAGGCACGGAUAAAGAAAAAAACGGCAGUGGAGAGAACGGCACAGGUUCCAAGCAGACCGGGGACAAGACACCCACAGAUAAAGGCACGGAUAAAGCAAACUCCAUGAUUACUUGUGAAUGUAAUAGUGGAGACAAUCUCUGCUCUAAGGAUAGAAGCUGUAUCAUUGAAAAAGGAGACUGUAUUGCAAUUGCAUUUAAUAAUACAUUGGAUGGAAAAGAUAUCAAAAAAGUGUAUCUAGGCUGCCAGCCAAAGUCAGUCAGUUUUGAUCAAUGCCAUGAAGAGAAUAUAUUCAUCACAGCAGGGAAGGACUUUUACCUGAAUAGUCAAGCCAAAUGCUGUCACAGCAAGGACAAGUGUAACAAUGAUUUGAAAUUAGUAACAAAGGAGUCUGACAAGACUUCUGAAAUGAAGUGCCCCUCAUGCUUUGCUUUGAGUCCUGAAUCCUGUAAUGCCACGAAGACCAACUGUUUCAAGGACCAGAAUCGAUGCAUCAACAUCACUGGGAAACUCAUGAACGAAACUGGAAUAACGGCCUUUGAAUUAAAGGGCUGUACCACGGCCUUUACAGCAUCCAUCCUUCAAGAGACAGGUGCCAUGUUAGACUAUGGAGAUACCAUUUAUUCUAUUGACACAAUCCAAGUAGGGAAUGGCAAACUCAGCAGCAUCCAAGCACCACCGGGCAUUGUGUUUGCAGUCCUCCUGCCCAGCCUCCUUGGCCUCUUGCUGGACAAGUUCCUGUACUGAUCCUGACCCAUUUGGAUCAAAGGGUCUUCUGGAAAGACAUAUUCAAUGAAAGAGAAUGAAUGAAGACAUAGAUUACAGAAGUUCGGGUUCUAGAAUUUACUAGAUCUGUAUAACUUUAUGUAUUUUAAAAGGCAAAUCAGAUAGAGACAUUUUCACACUAUGCAGUUAUAGCACCAUGGCUAAUUCCACACUGGACACUUAACUGGGGGCCAAUCUGGAGUAUUAUGGAUGCCCAUAGACUCAUUCUGGAUUCAGAAUGACUAGAUGGGCAUCUAGCCAGAGGGAUGCAUUAGUGUCCAGCUGGUCCAGCCAGACUAAGACUACAUCGGUUCAGCUGGAACAUCACCCUAUCCUCCACAUCACCACCCCCAUUCCCUCCUGACCAUGGAGCUCUUUGCGAUCUUCCAACCAUUGUGAUCUGCAUUUACACGUCAGAAAGGAGUGGCCAUGCGACCAGCAAAGAGGUGGUCAAGUGAUCCUCUCCUUCUUACUGGUUGCAUGGAUAUCCCUUUCUUAUAACAGGAGAGCUCUAUGGCAGCAAUGAAAUCGGGGCAAGCCAUCCACGUCCAUGAUGCUGAUCAACACAGGGAAAGUGUGAUGGUGAUGGUAUCCAUUUAGACAGCAGGUUGGGCCAAAUGGAACCCAACCCAGCUGCAGAUAUUUCAGAGUUUCCUGAAAACUCCAGAGUCUCCCCCAACUUUGCCUGGACACGGCACUGGGUUUGAGGUAAGUCCAGCUUUUUUGUCAGUGUAGAUAAGCCCUACAAUUCCAUUCUAUGGAAACCUGGGGUUUUUAGUUUAAGGUGCCUUCUCAAACUGUAAGCCUUUUUAGGAUGUAGCCAUAGUGGUUAGAGUGGACUCAACGUGCUAUAAUUUUGUAGUGUGAAACAGCUCUAAAUAAAUCAGGGAGAGGUUCUAUAUAUAUAUAUAUAUAUAUAUAUAUAUAUAUAUAUAUAUAUAUAUAUAUAUCUGCUUUGAAGUGGAAUAUAUUGCAGUGUGGACUCAGAUAACCCAGUUCAAAGCAGAUAUUGUGGGAUUUUCUGCCUUGAUAUUCUGGGAUAUAGAGCUGUGUGGAAGGGCCCUAAGAGUGCAGAUUUAGCUAAUCAAGCCCAUGACUUCCAUCUGAAUAAUGAAUCAUGUAAAAUUGCAAAGAUUUUCAUAUGUGUAGUUUUAAAGGGAAAAUGAUUUUCAGUAUCCUCUUCUGCAUUGCCCUAUAUCCCAGGAUCUCAUCCCAGAUUAUCUGAUUAUCCCAGAUUAUCUGGCAAUUGAACUCAUGUAAUCCAGUUCAAAGCAGAUAAUCUGGGAUCAGAUUCUGGGAUACAGGGCAGUGUAGAUCCAUCUUAUGUCAGAAUACAUCCUCAUGAUCAGAAGAGGAAAUAGCUGUAUUAAGUAAAAGGAAUGAAUGCUGCUUCUGCCAUUAACCAUUUUUAUAAGUAUAUACGUUUUAGAGACUAAUUGAAGAUUGAAAAAUGUGUGAAACCGUCAGUCAAGGACUGCUCAUAAGCCAGUCAAACUUUUGGAGCAUUCUCCCUGAAAUUGCAUUAGAAUUGCAACCUCAUCAGAUUUUAAUAAUAUAAUCUGAGUCAAAUAAGUGUUGCAGCCUUUUGAGCUCUUGCUUUGAUGUGUGGAGUUGGGGAAAGAUGAGAAGAGUGUAAAGCACCUGCUAUCCUUGUGGGAGCCUUGGUUCCAUCUCCAGAUAACAGGUCCCAAGUGUCAGGGCUGGAUGAGACCCUGCCAGUCAGAGAGGACAGUUCUGGGCUGAAUGAUCAGACUUGGUUAUUUAAUAAAACACAUGAUUUUGGAAUAAACAUAUCUCACUCAA